GGGGUUCGUGAGGGGAUCCGGACGUAAUCAUCUCCUGCGGGCGUCCGACACGUUCAUCGUAAUCAUUGUCGCAUGUAUUCCAAAUCGAUGACUUGAAUCGUCUCCGUCAAAUUUGAGUGUUAAGAAAUAACUCUGUGAUUAAAAGUUCACAGUAUUGCGCGUCUUUUUGUGAGCCUUCUUGUUGAGGCAAGAGCGCCAGUUCAACGUGUACAUCGACACAUCGCACAUCCACCGACAACCUGCUCCGUUAGGAUCGUCAAACUACGCGACUAUGGUCUUGAACUGGCUCAACUGGAUCAUUGCAGUCUCUACAGCAGCUUUACUGGCCUUCUACUACGAUUUUAGGAGCUGGCAGAGCUAUGGAACUGGUGGCACACCGCCAACACUCCAAGGCUAUCUGAAGAUACGACGAUGGGGUUUGUAUCUCCUCUACAAAAGACAGGAUCUGCUCGACCCAUCACCAAUCCCAGAUGCAGGUGUAGCAUACAUUGCCCCUGGCAAAGUACCUGUGCGGUCAGGUCGUCCGCCAAAGAGCACUCGCUGGACACUGCCUCAACGUCAAUUCCCACAGCCUAUAACCAAGAAUGCAUUGGAUGAGCUCACGAAUCUCAUGCAGACCUUUGCCAACACAGCGCCGUACUCUGAAUACAUUGAGACGCGACCAAGCAAGACCGAAGGCGGCACGGGUCCUGCAAUCUAUGUCAAACCUGAUGUGAAGACCAUCAAUCCGGUAGCGCACAAGAUAUUCUACGAAGUCGCCCACGUGCACCCUAAAGAGAAUUCGCUGCAUGUGUAUGUAAGCCCCAAGGAUGCAAAGACGGUUGUGAGUCGAGGCUGGGGCCAACGCUUUCCAGUUACUUGGUUGGCGCCUCCAAGCUGGAUCAUGGUGUAUGCUCCGAGAGAUGAGAGGGAGCUAGAGGUUGUGAAAGAGAUCGUUAGAGCUGGAAUUUGUCAUGCGGUCGGCAUGGAGGUCUCCAAUAUACAGCCGUGAAUGCGGGUGUGAAGUUACAUGAACAACAGCAAUUUGAUAACAGAAGGCUGAUGGAAAUGGACAAUUCAUGAUACAGGAUUUUCGAAACAUCAAGCAUGGUCUCUUGGAAACCCGAUAAUACGAGAAAGCGCCUAGGGCAUUCCUUGCAUUCUGUGUGGCACAGCAGACAAUGCACCUCACAUCAUAUGUCUCUCUGAACAACCAAUCGGUGCAGCAUCAGAGACACCGAAGUAUCGCUUUAGAGCGGAGAUCCGAUGUCUUGCAGAUCGCUGGGGCCACCCGCUAGCUCAGGUCCGCUUGCAGGAGGACCAGUAGAUCCCUGGCUGCCCUGCACUUGAGUUACGUAUAUACGACAUUCCAGCUGUUUCGACUACAACCUAUCUUUCUUCCUUU